AUGGCAGCUUUUGAGCCAGUUCCUGAAGCUCUGAUAAAGGUCGCGCCUCGCUAUCCUGGCGACAAGGAACCUGAUAGGCAGGCGCGGCGCUACCUAAAGCAGCUCAACGACAUGGCCAAGGGUCACGACCGUCCUUACUCUUGGGGUCUUACUGUUUUCCGUACUACCUACACGGCCGAGUCAGACGAGACGUUCCCGAGAGCCAUCGAACGCCUCAAGCAACAUGCCCAUGCAUUUGCCACGGAAGAUUUACGCUCAAAAGUCAAGCGGCUUCCUGGAAACUCUUUCACGCAAUUCAAUCCACCAGAAGGACCACUAGAUCCCGCUCCUAAUGAGGAGCUAUCCCGCCGCUUCUAUUGCGAUAUUAUAGAAGAUGCCGCGUCUCUGGAUGGAGCUGAUGCCGAGGAGGUCGGCAGGGCCUUUGAUGCUUGGCUCGACAAACAUCGACAGCUAGAGGACCUCCGUCAGGUGUACUGGGGACGAUACCAUUUCUGCAUCCUAAUGGAUGAGCAAGGAAUAGACCACCUACUACAAUUUGACCCCAGCGAGCCACCGCGGGGCCAUUGGAGAGAGAAGUACGAUUUCUAUGUCAAGGUUGUCACAGUCUUCCGGCGAGGACAGACCGACAUGAGACGGUUUUGGUUGCGCGUUGGGAUCAAGGAAAAUAUAUUUAUCUUGGCUAAUGGUGUAGAUGAUAUCGAUAUCUCGGAGAUUGGGAUGCCUGAUCCUGAGGAUGCAGCUUACAAUUGGUACGGCUUAUUUCCUUAUUGGUAG